UUGGAAACAACCAAAGAAAUGGACAAAUCCAACUAACAUUCAGGAGUUCGAAAAAUAUAUUGGGAAUUCAUUGAAAGAUACAACAACAGCUGACAUCAAUAUAUUGAACAAACAAAUAGUCAACACAAUGCAACAGGCUCAAACUAAAUAUUGUCCGACAAGCAAAAAAUAUGAAAAACUGAGUCAACACACGAAAACUCUUAUAGAACUAAGGCGACAAAUGAAAGGAGAUAACACUGUAUGCAAAGAAGCGAUAAAUCAAAUAAAUAAGACGAUCACAAAGGCAAUAAGGGGAAAAUAGAAAUUAACAAACUGAGAAACAGAACUGGAGAAGAAACAACGAACAGAGAUGAAAUAUUAAGAAUAGUCGAAGAGUUCUACACAGAGUUAUAUAGAUCAAGAAAAAAGAUAACAAUACGGAACCUCCAAUUACACUACAAACUGGGGUAUUAAACCAAGGAUCAGAUUUAAUGCCCAAUAUAACACAAUCAGAAAUCAAAGAAGCCCUGAAGAAAAUGAAAAAUAAUCGAACCCCGGGUGAAGAUGGAAUAGUAUCAGAAGCACUAAAAAUUGAAGGGGAUGUAUUACUUAAAAAAAUUAAACAACUUCUCAAUAUCUGCCUUCACAGCGCCAAUAUUCCAACAGACUGAAACAACGCUAUUAUGAUUCUAUUACACAAAGCAGGAGACAAAGCAAAUUUAGAGAAUUACAGACCGAUUAGCCUCCUCAGCCAUAUAUAUAAGUUGUUUACGCGAAUACUAGUUAAGAGAAUGGAAAGAAAAUUAGAAACUUAUCAACCAAGGGAACAGGCAGGAUUCUGAAAAAGUUACGGAACAAAUGACCAUCUACAAAGUAUAAAAACCCUAAUAGAGAAAGCAGUGGAAUACAAUAAACCUCUAGUUCUAAUAUUUAUCGAUUUUCACAAAGCCUUUAACACAGUUGAGCUAAGCAAAAUAUUACAGGCGCUUAAAGAAUGCAGGCUAGAUUAUAAAUAUACUAAAUUAUUAUACAAAAUAUACCUGCAGGCAACAACCACUGUCAAAUUACACACUAACAGUAAUCGCAUAAAAAUAGAACGGGGGGUUAGACAAGGAGACCCAAUGUCACCUAAACUUUUUUAAUACGGUGCUAGAACAUGCUUUUAAGAAUUUAGAUUGGAUGACAAAGGGAAUAAAAAUAGAUGGAGAAUAUCUAAACAACUUACGUUUCGCCGAUGAUAUACUUAUAAUAGCUGAAGAUCUAGGUAUGGCAAGAGAGAUGGUACAGGAACUCGUUGUGGGUACAGAAAUUGUAGGUUUAAAUAUAAAUAUCUCGAAAACAAAAAUUAUGACCAAUUUAGUACCCAACCAAAACAUCAGUAUUGGUGGGAAAGAAAUAGAACUCGUAGAUAUAUAUAUAUAUCUGGGACAUGAAAUUAUGAUUGGCAGAGAUAACCAAACUCAUGAAUUGAAGAGAAGAGUCGGCCUUGGGUGGGCAGCAUUUGGAAAACUGAGAGAAACUUUUAAAAGCGAGCUGCCCACAUGCCUAAAGAGAAAGGUAUUUGAUCAGUGCGUCCUUCCAGUCUUGACGUACGGAGCAGAAACACUUACCUUAACAAAAGCAGCAGCUACCAAACUGAGAGUCACGCAGAGAAGAAUGGAGCGGUCCAUGUUAGGAAUAACUCUGCGAGACAGAAUAACCAACGAAGACAUCAGGAGAAGAACCGGAGUGACUGACAUUAUCGAGAAGAUAGCCAGACUAAAAUGGAGAUGGGCAGGACACAUAGCCAGAAUGACAGAUGGGCGAUGGACAAAAAGGUUAUUGGAAUGGAGGCCAAGGGAAAACAAGAGAAACGUCGGUCGACCACCUACAAGAUGGACUGACGAUUUAAGAAGAAUCAAUAAAAAUUGGAUAAGAGCGGCCCAAGAUAGACGGGGUUGGAAACAUGAGGAAGGGGCCUAUGUUCAGCAGUGGACUCUUGAGGCUGGAUGA